CUGUGUGCUUUACUGUCUAUCUGUGUAAAGAUCACCUUCUCAAAGACCUGCAUGUGUGCCAGCACAAGAUAGAAGAUGCAUGAACGUGUAACAGUAGGGUUUUUUAUACACGAUACUCUACAGUGAAAAUAAGAAUUUCAUAACUAUGAAUUUGUGUAGCUGAGUUAAAGCGCAGGCAGCAGGAGGAGGAGGCUCAGAGGGAGCUGGAGAGGAGGAAACUGCAGGAGAUGGAGGAGAGCGAGAGGCUGGAGUACUUGCGUAAAAAGCAGGAGGAAGAAGAGGAGAGGAGGAAGGCUGCGGAGGAGAGGAGGAAAGCAGAGGAGGAAGCAGCAAUGCAGAUGGAAGAGGAAGCCAGACUGCUAGCUCAACUGACUGCCAAGCAAAGGGCAGCACUGGAACACCAACUCAGGUUUCACCGAAGUCUUUUUGUAGAAGCAGGGGGUCUGGAGCAGACACAGGAUAUCUCUCGGCCCUGGGUUUUCUCCUACUUCAAUCUGCUGAAGUUACUGGGCUUAGCAGAACCUCCAGAGGAGCUAGUGAAAGAUGUGCUGUGAUUUUCAACACAACUUGUAGUAUUAAAUGUAGUAUUACAUCAUCAUAUUAAAAGCAGGUAACUGUA